AUGCAUGUUUCUACACUAGGUCUAUGCAUUUGCUAUAUAAGCAGUGCUACUCUUCUUGCCGCCCUUAAGACUACCCAGCCUCAAGAUACACAAAUCCCCCCUAACGCAAACAUCCCCCAUUUUGAGAGCGUGGUACUAGUUGACGGUGUCCAACCCGCCGUAAAGCGAGACAGCGUUAGAGUGAAGUUAUCAUCUCCUAAGGAAGAUCUUGCAACUAGAGAAAUACCUAUAGAAGGAGUUUCAGGUCUAGAAAGGAGACAAGCAGAAAUCCUUGCUCUUAUUGCAGCAGCUAUUCCUAUUGGGAUAACUAUAGCGGCUUUUUCGUUAGCAUUGAGUGCUAUCCAAGACGCUCAAGACUUCGAUGAUGGCCGCAAGAAGUUUACCUCAACCCAAGUAGAGGAGAUGUGGGAUCUCAACCCUGAUUAUAAUAAAUUUCCUGCCGCUGCCUGCUAUGAUUUAGGCUAUCGCCUGGCAAACCCAGCUGGCUUUGAUCAAUUAGCAAGCAUCACUCUUACUGCAGGGAGCAAGAAAGUAGUGUACGUGCUAUACUAA